AUGGUCCUGAUCACAGAAGACCUGGUACGACGUCGGGCAGAGCAUAACAACUGCGAGAUCCUUUCGUUAGAGGAGGUGUCUUUGCAUCAACAAGAUAUUGAGAAAAUAGAACACAUUGAUAAAUGGUGCAGGGACCUCAAAAUUCUGUAUCUUCAAAACAAUCUCAUUCCCAGAAUAGAAAAUGUAUAUAGAUUGAAAAAGUUGGAGUAUCUAAACCUUGCUUUGAACAACAUUGAACUGAUUGAAAACCUGGAAGGAUGUGAGAGUCUCCAGAAGCUGGACCUGACAGUGAACUUUGUGGGCCGGUUGAGCAGUGUGGAGUCAUUGAAGCACAACCUCCAUCUCCAAGAGCUUUUCCUGGUGGGGAAUCCCUGCACUGAGUUUGAGGGCUACAGGCAAUACGUUGUGGCUUCACUGCCCCAACUGAAGUAUCUGGAUGGGAAAGAGAUUGGCAGGUCGGAAAGGAUCCGAGCCAGGCAAGGCCUAGAUGAGGUAAGGAGGCGGAUUCGGCAGCAGGAGCAGGAUUACCUGCGGAAGAGAGCGGGUGAGAAAGAGGAGGCCCAGAGAGAGGGAGGAGAGGAGCAGCGGGGGCCGAAAAGGGAAAGCCGCUCCUCUGCUAAAGCGAAGAAUCCUGGCUUUGAUGGUCGCUGGUACACUGACAUCAACAACACCAUCCCUGUGCCUGAAGAAAACAAGGAGAUCCAAGGGAGAGAGGAGAAAGAGAAGACAAGCUGCCUUUCUUCAGAAGACCAGGAGAGGGAGUUUUGGGAGAAACCUUGUGCCUAUACUCCAGAGUCACGCCUGGAGGCUCACCGCCACCUUGGCGAGAAGAAAAAGGCAAAAGAAAGGAAGACUGUGAAGACGCCCAAGGCCCCGAGGACUCUGAUCACACCCCAUGGACGGGUGAUGAAUGUCAAUGAACCCAAGCUGGAUUUCAAACUAACAGAAGAUGGGGACAAUAACACCAUUGUCUUGGAUCUGGAAGUCUACAGGCAUAUGGACACUUCCCUGAUGGAUGUUGAUGUUCAACCAACGUACGCCCGAGUGACUGUCAAAGGAAAGAUUUUUCAGCUGGUGCUGCCUGCAGAAGUGAGGCCUGACAGCUCGACAGCGAAGAGGUCCCAAAUCACCGGCCACUUGGUCCUCACAAUGCCAAAGGUACUGAAAGGUAACAGUCGGCAGAGGUUGGAGGUGGAUCCCAGUAAACACUCGGGGGUCGACUUGGCCAACAUUGUCCCACGAGAGAACAAGUCUGGAGAGCAGACCACCUUUUAUGAUAACUUUGUGGACGACCCAGACGUUCCCCCUUUGAUGUGA